AUAACCUUGAAAUAAAAAGCACAUAGCAACUUCGUUAUCUACUUCGUUCUGUCCACACGUCGACACUCUCGAGACUUCCUCGUGGAAAAGGAGGGAUUUUCAGGCGUAGCCUCUCUCUGUUCGCGCAGAAAUGGAAUUUUCAUCGUCGAUCACGGAGUGGAAGGGAGGAUCCAUGCGUCACGCAGCAAAUCAACAGUGCAGUCAGUGUGGAUUCUCGUGCGCCGUCGUAGCGUCGCCCGACUUUUUCAACCAUCCAGCAUCAUCGGAAGGGCUACUGCGUUCAAUACACCCGCGACUACUUUUUUGGGUUAUUACGUGAGAGGCUGUGUCGUCUGCCAUUUGUUGCUGUCGAGGUUUUUCUUCUGCUGCGUGAUCAAAAAUGAACGGCGUAAACACGCCUCGGGUUCUCUCCAUCCAGAGCCAUGUCGUCUCGGGAUACGUCGGGAACAAAAGUGCUACUUUUCCGCUGCAGCUUCUGGGAUUCGAGGUCGAUGUGAUUAACUCAGUCCAGUUGUCUAAUCAUACUGGGUACAAGGUUUUUAAGGGACAAGUCUUAAACGAUGAAGACCUAAGUCAACUGAUAGAUGGAUUGGCUGAAAAUAACCUGGACAACUAUACCCACUUGUUGACCGGAUAUGUGGGUUCUGCAUCAUUUUUGAGGAGGAUAGCUCAAGUUGUUAAAAAUCUGAAGCAGAAAAAUCCAAAACUCGUUUACGCUUGUGAUCCAGUCAUGGGAGACAAUGGAAAAAUGUAUGUUCCUGCUGAACUGAAGGACAUUUACAAAACUGAAAUUGUUCCUCUUGCAGACAUUUUAACACCAAAUCAUUUUGAACUAGAACUCUUGCUGGGUAAGAAAAUUAAGACAAUGUCUGAACUAAAAGAUGGAAUUCAAGAACUUCAUAAAAUGGGACCAAAAACUGUAGCCAUAUCAUCUACGGAUAUCGAUGAAAAAUUAACGUCGAUCGUGAGCACGGCGAAGGAUAACAAGGUGAUAAAAAUCGAUGUGCCAGUCAUCCCAGCUGUUUACACAGGUUCAGGCGACUUAUUUGCGGCACUAUUCCUGGCUCACUCUUACUUGGAAGAUAACGUGAAAACAGCUUUUGAAAAUACGAUAAACUCAUUGCACGACGUUCUUCUCAAGACUUACGAGCAUUCUUUGGGACUGGAGGAUGAGAAUUUACAGAGGGCAAGGAAAAUUGAACUCCGAUUGGUUCAAAGUAAAAAGCUUAUCGAAAAUCCUUCAAAAAAAUUGCUGGCCAAAGAUUUUUAAAAAUAUUGCAAUAGUAUGGAUCAAUAUACUAUAUAUAAAUGAAUUAUAGAAAUAAGAGGACGGAGACAAUAAGUGUAUAUUACGUGAUUAUUUGCGUGAAUUGGUUUUCGUCUAAUGCCUGCCGAACGGUAAAGUCGAGAUUUAUUAUUGUAAGAAAUUUAAAGAAAACGCCUCACUGAAGUACUACGCUCUUAUCAAAGAUAUUUAUAACAGAGAAGCAUUUGUAUUCAAUUUACAAAUCUACGGAAUAAUAAGACUAACAAUCAGCAUUUAGAGCAAAUAUUUAUGAUAUAUUAAAUUGAUACGACGCGUAUGCUAGCAAUUCAAACAGUUGAUUAUCAUAUCGUUAUCAGACAUAGGAAUACAGCCGAUUGGUUGUCUAGAAAUAAUGGUUACAUUGCUUGCAAUAUUCGAAUAAGGCGAUAAAGGCGUGGUUAUAAACAUCAAAUGCUGGAUUCGUUUGAUGGUAAUUAAGUAUUCAGUAAAGGAAUAAAUAAAUUACGCAGAUAAGAGGAGACUAACUAAACAAGUUGUUUGCUGCAUUUAAUGUCAUCCCAAAUCGAAGACUCGAUGAAAAUCGUAGUGCAAUUUCCUUUAAUAAUUUUUUAUAAACUUGGAACACUCAUCGUCCGUCAAAGUCUUCUCUGUACAGAGGUAUAAAAGUAAAUCCAACGAGACCAAAAAAAAGUCUUCCAACAGCGCGUAGGCAAAAAUUAUAACGUUUUAAAUGAUGUACAUAUAUACUAAAGACCGAUCGAUCACAGUCGACAUUCACUGUUUAAAAAAAGCUAACGAUCAAUAAAUCUGUGAAAACACACAA